AUGAUUUUUGCCCGAAAGUAUCCCGUGAUAGGUCACAUGACCGGAAGCCGGAAAUUACGACUGAGAUUGAAGACGUACUGGAACGCAAGAGAAACACCGUCCGCUGACCCGGAAGUGUUUGAAGAGACGCAAUACAACGUGACCGGAAGUUGGAGGUCGGAUAGCCGAAAUCCGGAAGUGAACCGGAAGAAAUCACAGCGCGCCUUUUUGUAA